GGUUUUACUGCCUCCACAAAUUUUGAGAGACCUCUUUCUCAGUAGUAUCAGAGUUGACAGCACAGAGACACUAAAUCCUGGCGGGUGCAAAGCCUCUCUCACAUCAGUAGUUCUGGUAGAAUCCCUGAUAAUGAGCCCACAUGUACCUGGCCAGCAUGUGUGCCUGUAGCGUCUGCUUUGUGUGAAUAGUUUAAACACAUUUUCAUUGCAUGGCUCUGUGGUGCCCAAGUGUUAACGCUGUUUUCUUGGCCAGCCUUGUCCCAGCAUGUCAUGUAGGGCAGUGAGUAUCUUCACAGCACUUCGUUCUUUUAGUUUUGCUGAAUAGUAAGGUGGUGAAAAAUGAAUUUACAGUCGUGAAGUGAAAGGCUCAGUUUCUUAUCUCUGAAAAUCCUCCCAAAAUACUGGGUAGUUUAAAGGUGGGUUUGAGACAGGUACAAGUUGUCAUGGUUGCUGGUGAUGUCACAGUCCCAAAAUGACCUGUGGCUAGCCUGUGAGAGCAGUUCCACAUACACCAAGUAGUUACAUCGUUUUCAGUGCAUCCCUAGUCAGUCAGGCAGGUGAGUCUGUUGGCCCAACCACAUCCUGAGCCCAUUCCAGUGCAGUCCCUCCUUCCCAUGGCAUGAGAGCUUCUCCCUGCCUGGCUCUGCUGCCACUGUGUGUCAUGGAGCCCUCUGUUGGCUUUGCAAUUCUCCUGUAGUGGGCUGGUAUUUCACAGCUACACCUCUUCUGAAAGAGGUGGGGUAGAUGUGUGUGCAGAAUACACUAUUGGGUAAAUCAAAACUUUACUUGAACUGGAAUUAGAAAACUUGCCCCAACUACUCAGCUCUGGUAUAGAAAUUACUUGCUGGACGUAAAAGACCUAAGCCUGCUGCCAGGUCUGUCCUUCAGAGCAGGAGAGCCUUUGCUAUGGAAAACUGCAUUUUUCAAUGUGUGUAGAAAAAUUACAGCUUAUGGGAUAUUGGACCAGGUCAGUUAGGGCUUUUAGUCUUCCACAACUAUCAACAGGUUGGACACAUUGGAUUCAAAAAAGGAUGGAUGGGAUUUCCAGCUUUAGGUGUUACAGAGGAAGGAGGACGAAAUAUAAUGAGCAAAGUUAAUUGUACCUGCAGGUUUGUAGGCUUGUGGUCACUAUCAUAUAGUUGGUUUUGCUGAUGAGAAGGUAGUAAGUCCUUGUGAGUUUGAUACCCAAACUCAUAUGAUGAGUUUGGGUAUCAAAGUCAUGCCCAAAUAUAGGUAAUCAUCCCUUCUCUUUCCCCUGUUGCUUCUUUCUAUUGUACCAGACUGCCAAGGUACAAAGCCUUUUGCUGGGAUGUCCAACCCCAAAAAGCACAUGGCUGCAAUUUGUGAAUCUUUGUAUCAAAGCUGCUAUUUUCGCAUUCAUUUGGUCCCACCCAACCCAGCAUUGGCUGCUCAGAGCAGCAGGUAUUGCCUGUUUUGAGCCUCUGCUGUGCAAUUGCCUUUGCUACUUCUACUCCUUUCCCUAGCAGCCCAGUAAGCUGACGUGUGAGAGGAAGCUAUGGCAUUAAAGGAGCCAGCCUCCUUCGUGGACAAAACCACCUGGGAUUUCCUCAACCUGCUGGACAUGCUGGGGAGCCGGAAUGGACGGGUGGGUGUGAUGGAGGUGGACCAUGCUGAGUCAAGAGCUCCCUCAUUGCUGGUGGAUUUUACCAGGGACCUGUGUGGCACAGAGGACAUCAAGCACAAACCACAGCUGGAAGAGAAUGGGGGAAAGGAAGAGGAGGACCUGGCUCCCCCACAUCUGAUUUUUAUGCUAUGGCAAGCCAGUGUGUUGAAAAGGCUCAUGCAGUGGAAUCACCUGGAGGAAGCUGUGCGGGAUGUGAGGAACCUCCUCCCCUGCCUGCCAGAUGUGCUGGUGCUUGUGAUGAUCCGUCCUGACUCCCAGGAGCAGCUGGACCAGGCAGUGAGAGCGCUGAGGAGAAUGCAGUGUGUGCUGGAUGGGGCCCUGCAACUGAUUGUAGAGACUGCAAUUUACAGCCCAGGCCAGCCUGGAGGUGUUCUGGAGGCAAAGAGAGCUGCCUGUAGGGCACUGAGAGAGGCCUUGAACUGCCAUGAAGAAAUCGACUCCCAGGAGCCAUUUGUUAUUUCACUCCCGGAGCUCAGAUACUGCCGAGUCCUGCCUGAACAUAGGCAAGACAAGGUAUCAAAGACAGAUGGAGAAUGAACUGCCUUGGGCAGCUGAAUCUGUCAGGUUGGUUUUAGCACUGUCCUGCUAGAUGUCCCUUUGCAGAACACUUACUUCCUGCUGACUUGCUAAUCUGCCCAGACCUUCUGCAUGGAUGCGAUUCAGUGUGUGGCUGCUACCAGAAGGGGACAGUGUGCCCUCAGCAUCACGCUGUCCUUGCCACAAAGCUCAGAGCUCUUUGCUGCAUCAGCUGAACAAUCUGGCCCAGGAAACUUUUAUCAAAAAUCACUGUGUUUCUGUUUUGCAUUAAAUGCCUUGCGUGAUUAUCAAAAUGUCCCUAAGAAAGCUGUCAGCAGAGAGGGAAUCAGAGCAGGCCAGAAGCCUCUAGAUUUUAAACUGUCCCAAAACUGAAACAGGGAAACUCAAGACUAAGGCCUCAGACUGUGUUUUCCCAGGAGAACCUGGAUGCAGGAGUCUUUGGUACAUGGUUCUCACGAGAAACAAAGCUCCUGAAACUCUCCAGGGUUCUUUGUAGCAGGGAGUUGACCUUACAUGUGUGCACAUCCAACAGAUUGAGUUUCUGGGGUGGGUUAUUUUGGAUGGGAGGAACUGUGGGAGCAGUAAAAUAUUUUUAAGUCAAAUUACCCACAUAAUAGCUGAACUCAUUUCCCAUCCUCUCUGGGCAUGGCAAAGCACUAUAGGUAGUUGCACUUUUUUGCACUGGGAGUUUAUAUGUAUUUUUUCUCUGGUGUUUUUUGUAGAUCUUUUGUCAUCCUAAGAUCUUCAUUAUCAUCAAAAAAGGAUUAAAAACCUGAUAUUUAUCUUA